AAUAGCACCAAAUUCAAUUCGUAGGUGCUAAUACAUUCUAGUUAUGUUUCUAACAUUUAUUUUGAUUUUUAUGCUCAUAAAUAAUGGGCGGGGUUGGGAAUCCCCCGCUUUUUUACCAAAUAAGGCAGCAGAGGGUUUAGUUCAAAUGGAGGAGGCAAACGAUAAAGCCAUUAUACGCAUGAACGAAAAUAUCAAGGAUCACAUAAUAGUCGCCUAUAUUAAUUAUAAAGGUGAAUCAGUUCCGACUGUUGGAAUAUUCGAGGAGCCCCCAUCAAGUAACGGUGACGAGCUUGGAGCAAUAAUCGAACGCAGUACCGGAGAUAAUCCAGUUUCACCAUGGGCCCUUGUAAUAACAAAAAAACAAGAUUAUGACGACAAAUACGAUGGCUUCCGUUACAAGUUUCAAAUAGAUAUCAAUUCAGAAUAUCGAUCUGUAUAUAUAAAAUUAAAUAAUGUUGAUGAUCAGCCUCCAUACAUUCAGGUGAAUCCUUCAAGCAACCCUUGUAAAAUAAAGGAAAACGUUACAGGAAAGACGGGUUGUACUUUUAACAUUACUGACAAAGACGGUAUUGUCAAGGAUAUGAGGUACACCUUGGUGAACAAUGUAACGCCUGAUAUAAAUAGCUACUUUGAAAUGCAAAACACUAAAGAGCUGAAGGAGGGAUUGAAAGAAUGGCAAACAGAGCUAUACGUAAAAAAAGAUUUAGAUUUUGAAAAAAUAAGUAGCUAUAUGAUACAUUUCACAGUUACGGAUUCCGGAGGAAAUACAUAUACAACGAGCAUAAUUAUACAAGUUAUAGAUGUACCAGAUCGCCCUCCUGUAUGGACAUCAAUUUUCUCGUAUAUAACAAUACCGGAAAAAGAACGUAUGUCGAAGACCGCGGUGGCCAUCGAUGGGGACGUAGCAAUAGCAGCUGUUCUAAACUACAAAAUAAUUACACAAAGGCACGACCUGUUUAAGGUGGAAAAAGAUACUGGUGAAGUUAUUAUCGGACCUAUAGACAGAGAUGAUGAAAAACAAGAAAUAUUUAAUUUCACUAUAAGAGCUUACGAAAAAGACGAUGCAACAUCAUACGUGGAACAAAGCGUUACAGUGAAUGUACAAGAUAAAAACGAUCAUUAUCCGAAUAUUACUGUUACAAAAGAUUCCGUUUCUAUUAAUGAAAGUUCUAUAUCUACUCUGGAUACACAAAUAGAAAUAAACGAUCUAGAUCUGGGGAAGCAUGCCACUUACAAGGUUUCACUGACGCCAACUAAAUUUAGUGAUGCUUUUCGAAUUGUACCGCCUACGGGUUAUCAAAAGGCAUCCUUCUUUAUUUCAGUUGUAAAUAGUGAGCCACUUGAUUACGAAGACCCGGAAUGGAGGAAAUUCGAUUUAGAGGUUAGUGGAAAUUAUUAAAACACAAGUAAAGUUUAAUUUCAAUUUUGCGCUUGCGAAUACACACUAAACAAUACAUACGUGCCUUUACACAUUUUUUUGAGUUUUUGACCCAGCGGCAAAGAGACGGGAUAUGACGAUGUGUUAAGAUGUC